UUGGCACAGGACCACGGCGUUUCCCUUUCUCCGCGGGGUUUCGGUUGCGUUUGCCGGGGGACCCAUUGUUGUUGUUGUUGUCCGCCGUCUCAAACCGUGGAAAUUGUUGUGGGAAACAGGGAAACGUGGGAAGAAUGCGCCGCGAGGGAGGUGCUGGAAGAAGCGGGACUCCGGCUGAAGAACGUCCAGUUCGCUUCGGUGGUGAACUCCAUCAAAGUGGAAGAAAGCUACCACUAUGUCACCAUAAUCAUGAGAGGAGAGGUGGACGCCGACUACCCUGCCGAGCCUGUCAACGUGGAGCCGGAGAAAAACGAAGGAUGGUCCUGGAUUAAAUGGGAAGAUUUUCCACCGGACAGUCAGCUAUUCCUGCCUCUCGCCUGCUUGAGACAACAAGGCUACCACCCUUUCAAAGACUGCACACAGGGCACCACAGACAACAACACUGGGACAAACCGCCUUCAAGCAGGAACGUACCAUUGAGAUGGUAAACUUUACCUGUUGCACCUAAAACCUGGUGAAGCAGGACUCUAGGUAGGUUACGGUGUAAAAAACAAAUUCUGGAGAACUUUGUGAAAAAGUAGGGUGGUGUCCAAAAUCAAAUGUUAGUUCAAGAGCUUUGUUGUAUAAAUCAUUGGGACAGCAUACAGUAUGUACUGUUAAAGCUUGUAAGUGAAGGGUACAUGAAAAGUGUUUUUUAUUUUUAACCGAAUGGUUUAAUGGUUGGUCCAAAAUAGGGUUUCUAUUAUCACAAUCACAAGCCUGCGGGACCUGUGUGCCUUCACAUCUCGAAACCAGCUGAUGUGUCAUGUAAUGGUAAUUAAAUAUUUAUGUUACCCGUU